CGAGGCGAUUACGAUGGCGAAACGCCCUGGCCUUAUAACUCAGAUUGUACUUAAGAGAUGGGGUGUCUGGCUCUUGAGCGAUAAUGAUGCCCACCGCGCAGCUUUUGUUGUAUGACCACUUCAAUGCGCAACACUACCGUGAUUAUUAGAAGUUUGAACUUCUGCCUUUGGGUCAUCCUGCUCAUAAUAUCCCCUACACAAAGCCAAUACAGCUGCCCGGAUGUCUGCUGGGUCGAGCCAGGCGAGCCCGGUGUGGGCGAGGAUUAUAAGAACGCUUCGGUUUACAGGCCCGAUGAAACCAUCCACAUGAGAUUCAGCAACACCAUAUUCGACAAUUUCACCCUUAACAUCUGUCAAGAGCUUAAGGAUUGCAAAGAAAUCUCAGAAGUCAAUGGGAGAGGGGCAUUCAGGCUGGAUUUCAGCUUCGCCGACAUUCUAAGAGACUUCGACAUACGGAUACAGCCUAUAUUUUACUUUCAUGUGGUGAGCAUAAACGGCGAUUCCACGAGCCAUUACAUCAGAAUACGCGAUCCAGCCGCGGAGGACGUAUCUCUCUCGUCGCCAAUCACUACCUCUCUACCUUCCUCAGUAUCCUCAACACCCGUCGUUAUAAUCCAUAGCAUUUUUCUACCGCAGUCUACAACCAACGAGACCAUCCCAGUGCCAUCUUCGUCGCAUAUGACUCACGAAACUGGGCUCGACUCACCUGCGAAACUUGGAGUAGCCGUCGGGCUGGGGUUGGGUAUACCCGCGUUGCUAACAAUUGGCAUUCUAUCCUUCCUCUUGCGUCUUCGGUAUCGACGGAGAUUAGUGGUUUCUCCUCCCUCUUUCCAGGGAUGGACCAAGGUCUUCAGCGAAGUGUCGAAUGAUGGUGCGGUACAUGAAGUUGCGGCUCCGGACAACCUUUCAGGGAUCAAUUUCGGUGCUCGACGGACGUGA